UGGAGAGCAUUUCCUGUGUUUUACCAUGAAUACAUUUUUCAGGACUGCCUGCUUGCAUCGUAGGCCGGUGGAGAGGUUUGAAUAGGUAUAAUCAAAGAUCGCCGCUUUCUGAUAACCGCAAAUAUACGACAUCACUGAUGUUCCUCUACCAACUGUUGCCCUUCCUUUGGGCUGUGUCUGCAAAUGCAGAUUUCUUUCAAUUUGACACUAUUUCAAAUGCAUCUACGUAUUAUUUCAAUUAUAUUUAUUGUAAUAUAUGGGAAGGGGAGUGUCAACCUAAUCAAGAUGAUACGACUCAGCAAGUACCUACGAGGGACCUGUGGGCAGGAUUUCCUCAGGACUACAUCAGUUUGCUGUCACAGUGGUAUUGCAGCCUGGGACAGUGCUGUGAAUCAGGGGAUUGUCGGAUAACAAAUAAUAUUACAGGUUUGGCUAGUGAUCUACAGCUAAAGCUUCACGGGCAGCACCUUGCCCAAUCAGUGGUUUUGAAGGCUGUGCAGGGCUUCAUCAAUAACCCUGAAUCCAAUAAGCCAUUGACCCUCUCCUUUCAUGGCUGGUCUGGCACCGGCAAGAACUUUGUGGCCCGGAUUGUAGCUGACAACAUGUACCGGGAUGGAGUGAAGAGCGAGUGUGUGCGUCUUUUCAUCGCCCCAUUCCACUUCCCCCAUGCCAGACUGGUGGACACGUACAAGGGCCAGCUCAGAGAAGCUAUCCGGGACAUGGUGCUUCGUUGCCCACAGACACUUUUCAUCUUUGAUGAGGCUGAGAAACUGCAUCCGGGCCUUAUAGAUGCCAUCAAGCCCUAUAUGGACCAUUAUGACAAUGUGGAUGGGGUCAGCUACAGGAGAGCUGUCUUCUUAUUCCUCAGUAAUAUUGGUGGGACAACCAUCAACGAUGUGGCCUUGGACUUUUGGCACUCAGGGCAGAACAGAGAGGACAUUGGGAUGGAGGACUUGGAACACCGGCUUCGUGCUGAAGCUAUGGAAUCUCAAGGAGGCUUUGCACAGAGUGAGCUGAUGUCAGGCCAUCUUAUUGACUUCUUUGUGCCCUUCCUACCUCUGGAGUACCGUCAUGUCAAGCUCUGUGCCCGUGAUGCCUAUGCAGCGCGGGGUCUGGAGCCAGACGAGGGAACGCUGGACGAAGUGGCAAAGGCCAUGCUAUAUGUACCCAAGGAGGAGAGGCUGUUCUCUGCCCAAGGCUGCAAAUCCAUACCACAGAGGAUCAAUUUCUUCCUCCCCUAAACAGACUAAUGCAACCCAGAAAACACACAGUAUUUUAGCAAAAACAAAAAAGUAUGAUGACAUAUUGAACAAUGUUGCAGUGUGGUGUUUCCACGCCUCACCCUACACUGCCAAGAAAGCAAGCAUAGGGCAUCUGUCUCUUGUAAGAUUAUAUCUGAUAACCAAAUAAGAGAUUUUACUAGUGUUCAUUUUCAACUUUGAUUUUUCCCUGCUCAUUAGACUACUUAUGCACUGAUUUUUAGGUCAAGCUCAGGUCAACUCUGUAGUAUUAGUAUUUGCAUGUAUAUAUCUAUAGUGCAUUCGGGAAGUAUUCAGACCCCUUGACUUUUUCCUCAUUUUGUUACAGCCUUAUUCUAAAAUUUAUUAAAUUGCCCCCCCCCAUUAAUCAACGCACAAUACAACAUAAUAACAAAGCAAAAUGUUUUUAUUUUUAUUUUAGCAAAAAAAAUUAACUGAAAUUACAUUUACAUAAGUAUUCAGACCCUUUACUCAGCAGCGAUUACAGCCUCGAGUCUUCUUUGGUAUGAUGCUACAAGCUUGGCACACCUGUUUUUGGGUAGUUUCUCCCAUUCUUCUCUGCAGAUCCUCUCAAGCUCUGUCAGGUUGGAUGGGGAGCGUCGCUGCACAGCUAUUUUCAGGUCUCCAAAGAUGUUCGAUCGGGUUCUAGUCCAGGCUCUGGCUGGACCACUCAAGUACAUUCAGAGACCUGUCCCGAAGCCACUCCUGCGUUGUCUUGGCUGUGUGCUUAGGGUCUUUGUCCUAUUGGAAGGUGAACCUUUGCCCCAGUCUAAGGUUCUUCACGCUCUGGAGCAUGUUUUCAUCAAGGAGCUCUCUGUACUUUGCUCCGUUCAUCUUUCCCCUCGAUCCUGACUAGUCUCCCAGUCCCUGCCACUGAAAAACAUCCCCACAGCAUGAUACUGCCACCACCGUAUGGACGGUGUCAGGUUUCCUCCAGACGUGACGCUUUGCAUUCAGGCCAAAGAGUUCAAUCUUAGUUUUAUCCGACCAGAGGAUCUAGUUUCUCAUGGUCUGAGAGUCUUUUAGACUCCAAGCGGGCUGUCAUGUGAAUUUUAUUGAUGAGUGGCUUCUGUCUGGCAACUCUACCAUAAAGGCCUGAUUGGUGGAGUCCUGCAGAGAUGGUUGUCCUACUGGAAGGUACUCCCAUCUCCACAGAGAAACUCUGGAGCGCUGUCAGAGAGAGGUUUUUGCUUUGACAUGCACUGUCAACUGUGGGACCUGAUAUAGCCGGUGUGUGUGUGCCUGUCCAAAUCAUGUCCAAUCAAUUGAAUUUACCACAGGUGGACUCCAAGCAAGUUGUAGAAACAGCUCAAGGAUGAUCAAUGGAAACAGGAUGCACCUGAGCUUAAUUUCGAGUCUCAUAGCAAAGGUUGAGUACUUAUGUAAAUCAAUUUUUUUAAAUGACAUUUUAUAUCUAUAUUACAUUUCUAAAAACGGUUUCCCCUUUGUUAUUAUGGGGUAUUGUGUGUGGAUUGAUGAGGAAGAAAAUUAUUUUUGAUACAUUUUAGAAUAAGGCUGUAACGUAACAAAAUGUGGAGAAAGGGAAGGGGUCUGAAUACUUUCAGAAUACACUAUGUUUAGUUGGCACUGAGGAAAAAUUACAACUAUCUGCUUAAGCAGUGGCUGGCACAUCCAAUGCAAAGGAGGAAAUACUGUAUAUUACAGUAAACUAGGUAAAAUAUAAUACAUACAUUUUCUUAGUAAUUUUUAAUGAUUAUUCUGGAAUUGUUUAUAGAUUACUUGUUUUACGGGUGAACGAAAUAUUUCCAGGUUUGAUUUGAUUAAUUUAGCCUUUUAUUUAACCAGGUAGGCCAGUUGAGAACAAGUUCUCAUUUACAACUGCGACCUGGCCAAGAUAAAGCAAAGCAGUGUGACAAAAACAACACGGAGUUACACAUAAACAAACAGUCAAUAACACAAAGGAAAAUAAAAUAUGUACAUUGUGUGCAAAUGUAGAAAAUAUAUACGAAGAAAGAAACUAUAUAUACAAGGGACGGGCCAAUCAAAACAUCCCAUUGCUACGCCAUUACAAACAGUAUGACAUCAUUUGAAAUCAUUUGGAACCUACUGAAUAACUACAAUUCAGGUUAGAAGAAAGUAGUAUAAGUGUGCAGGAGUACAGGCAGUCACUUAUGGUGUUGAAAUGUUUACUGAACUAAAUGGUCUUGAGUAAUUCCAAACAUUUUUCCCCUAAAAUUAUUUUUUAUCUUGAAUUAUUGAAUGUUGCAUUUACUUAAGUUUAGUAUUCCAACAAUGCUUUGAUAUGUUUUUUUUUGUUGUCCAAUGGAAUGUGUUAUAAAAAUAGCCCAUUGUGAAGAUUGAAAUUAGCAAGUAUGUAUACUGAACAAAAAUAUAAUGUAACAUGCAACAAUUUCAACAAUUUUACUGAGUUACAGUUCAUAUAAGGAAAUCAGUCAAUUGAAAUGAGUUCAUUAGGCCCUAAUCUAUGAAUUUUACAUGACUGGGCUGGGGAGCAGCCAUAGGCCUACCCACUUGGAAGCCAGGCCCACUCACUUGGGAGCCAGGCCUACCCAAUCAUAAUGAGUUUUUCCCUGCAAAAGGGCGUUAUUACAGGCAUAAAUAAUCCUCAAUUUCAUCAGCUGUCCUGGUGGCUCGUCUCAGACGAACCCGCAGGUGAAGAAGCCAGGUGUGGAGGUCCUGGGCUGGCGUGUUUACACGUGAUCUGUGGUUGUCAGGCCAGUUGGACUUAUUACCAAAUACUAUUAUGGUAGAGAAAUUAACAUUAAAUUCUUUGGCAACAGCUCUGGUUGACAUUCCUGCAGUAAUCAUGCCAAUUGCGCUCUUUUAAAACUUGAGACAUCUGUGGCAUUGUAUUGUGUGACAAAACUGCACAUUUUAGAGUGGCCUUUUAAUGUCCCAGCACAAGGUUUCAUCAGCUUCUUGAUAUGCCACACCUGUCAGGUGGAUGGAUUAUCUUGGCAAAGGAGAAAUGCUCACGGGCAGGGAUGUAAACAGAUUUGUGCACAAAUUUGACAGAAAUAAGCUUUUUGGGCAUAUGAAACAUUUCAAGGAUCUUUUAUUUCAGGUCAUGAACAGGGGACCAACACUUUAAAUGUUCCGUUUAUAUUUUUGUUCAGUAUACAUAUCAGCAAGUCUUUAUAAAUGUUCGAUUGUCUGUGCUUUGCUGUGUUAUGACAUCUACCUGUUUUCCAUCAAUGUAAAAAUGUAUUAUUAGCAUAUUCACUGCACAGCUUUUGUUUCAUGAGGAACUGUGAGGCUGCGUUCUGAAUAUAUUCUGUCUAUGAUAUGGCUUCUAAUGUUUUGCCCGUCUCCAUACUUUUGUUGCUGUUUAAUGACCCCUGUCCAUAUCAUUGUGUGCAAUAACAAAGGUAUUAUGGUCAGUGUCCUAGUGUCAUUCAGACCAGGCAAUCAGGAAAGUGGCUGCUGAAGAAAGGGAAUGUGUGCUGUCCCAGAGGAAUGGAAUUUAAGUCAUUUUAGACUAAUAAAACAUCCUUGAUAAA